CAGAGUAUGCUCCGUCCACUGCGCAUGUGCUAAAAGGUGGGCAAUGCACGAGGACGCGGGAGAGCGAUGCGGAUAUACAGCUAUGUAAAAUGGCGGUGUGAGAGAAGCUUGUUCAAAACAUAGCGAUCUUACCUGUAAAGGUGGUUAGCUUACAUCUGUGAAACGGUCUGCUUUAUCUGGAGCUGUCAGAGAAUCAUUCAAGGACAGAGGCGGGGGUUUAUAUUCCUGGGAAGAGCAGGUGGGAUGGCGAAGAGGAUUGCUGACAAAGAGUUAACGGACAGGAACUGGGAUCAGGAGGAGGAGGGGGAGGAGGCGGGAACGUUUUCAGUUGCAAGUGAAGAUGUGUUGAAGAACCGAGCGAUUAAGAAGGCCAAACGCAGAAACACUGGAUCGGAGGGUGAAGGUACAGGAGCCUUCAAAGGAUUUAAAGGGUUUUCUCUGACUACGUCAGCAGCAAGUGCAAGCUCGACCCCGACAGCGUUUUCUGGGUUUGGGAACACUGGAGGCUUUAAAGGCUUCGGAGGUCUGACCAACGGAAACAGCAUCACUCCUUCAUUUGGAGGUUUCUCCUCCCUGGCAGCAUCCUCUGCUCCUGCUGGUCUAACAUUCAACGGCCCCACCUCCACUAAACCCACUGCUGAUGUCACCGCCCAGCAGACCAAUGGCUCCGCCCCCAGCCUGACUCAGAGCCCCAGCCCUUGCAGCAGCGGCAGCAGUGUCAGCAACAAGGAGUACCGCCGGCAGCUCACUGCGCUCAACUGUUCUGUGCGGGACUGGAUCACCAAGCACGUGAACGACAACCCUCUGUGUGAUCUCAACCCCAUCUUCAAGGAUUAUGAGCGACAUCUGACCAGCAUCGAGCGCCAGUACGGAGCCGGGUCUGCUGCUCCGGCUGACGGAGCUCCAUCCGCAGCUUUGUUCUCCUUCAGUAAAAAUACGACAGAAGACUCGGCCGCCGCGCCGGUCCCCGCUGGUGUCACAUUUAAGUUCGGUCAGAAGGUGGACAGCUCAGUUCUCAGCUCCUUAGGGUCCAAGACGACGACCCCCAGCUUCUCCUUCUCCUCCUCUUCCAGCACUUCCUCCAGCCAGACCUCCCUGUUUGGAGCUCCAGGAUCCACUGCGCCUCUGUCCUGUAGUGGGACGAAAGCUGAGGGCGCUCAGUCUACAGACGAGAACGGAGAUGAAGAUGAGGAGCCGCCCAAACCCGAGGUCAAAGAGGUGAAAGAGGAAGACGCCUUCUACUCCAAGAAGUGUAAAAUGUUCUACAAGAAGGACUCUGAAUUCAAAGACAAAGGAGUGGGAACUCUUCACCUGAAACGAACAGCAGAGGGAAAAACUCAGAUGAUCGUUCGCGCUGACACCAACCUGGGUAACAUCCUACUCAAUAUCAUGGUGCCGGCAUCCAUGCCAUGCUCUCGGGUGGGAAAGAACAACGUGAUGGUGGUGUGCGUCCCCAACCCGCCGGUCGACGACAAAAGCCCCAGCAGCCCCGUCCCCCUCCUCAUCCGGGUCAAAACCGCCGAGGACGCUGAUGAGCUCCACAAGAUCCUGGAGGAGAAGAAAGGCUGAACCCCGAGCUUUCAGCAGGCUUCACUGGUCAUCCUCAGACCCUCCACACACGUUUGCACCCAACUCAGCCGUUUCCUCGCUAUAAAUUGGUCACCAUACUGUGAAAUCUUGAGUUAGUUUUUAGUCCUGAACUUUAGGAUAUUCCCUCUGGUUCGACACUGCUGUUUUAUUCGAGAAACAGAACGCCGCAUCUUAAUAGUCUCGGUGUUUAAGUUUUACUCUUUUAAUUUGUGAGUGAACGUGUGACAUCUACCACUGAGGUUGGUUUGGGGAACGCUCCAAAUAAAGGUCCAGUCGAUUUGGUUUUACAAAUUUAAUGUUCGCAGUGACGGUUACCCGUGACGAACGUGUCUGCUGAGUGUUUGCUAUUUAUUGUGUGGGCAGGAUUUGUACUGGAUGAUUGAACCUGGUGUGAAUGUUUCUCCUGAGGCUUCUGGGUGUGGUGUGAAACACCAGUUCUGUUGUUCUGGUUCUGUAAACAUGAACUCUAUUGCUUUCCAACUGUCCUUUUGUGUGGCCUUCGGUUCAGCCUUCGACAUGAGGCAUGCUGUCAUCGUCUGACAACAUUUGUAAGACAUUUACUUGGGAAUAAUAAAAGGAAACAAUCGACUGCG